AUGGACCAAGACCCACCCGCAACAAUCAAACAAGUAGCGCAGCUAGAGGGACACGAUGACCGCGCGUGGCAUGUCGCGUGGAAUCCGGCCAGGCCCCUCCUCGCGUCGUGCUCAGCCGACAAGAACGUGCGGCUAUACAACUACAGCACCUCCUCUGAGCCAGACGGUCCCUCACUCAAGUUCUCGCAUCUUACUACGAUUCCUACUGGGCAUUCUAAGACCGUGCGCGCGGUCGCUUGGUCACCCUCCGGCAAGGCGCUCGCGACGGCCUCCUUCGACUCAAACAUUGGGAUAUGGGCGCAGGAGGAGGCGGAUGGGGAUGAUGGGGAGGCGGUCAACCCUGCAGGGGAGUGGGAAUGUAUGAGUUUGCUGGAGGGACAUGAGACGGAGUGCAAGAGCGUCGCGUACUCGAGCUCGGGGAACCUCCUCGCAAGCUGCAGCAGGGACAAGACAGUGUGGAUCUGGGAAGCGCAUCCCGACUACGACUUCGAAUGCAUGGGCGUUCUCAUGGAACACUCACAGGACGUGAAGUGCGUCGCAUGGCAUCCCACAGAAGAGAUCCUCGCCUCCGCCUCCUACGACGACACCAUCAAGCUCUACGUAGACGACCCGCAAGAGGACUGGUUCUGCUUCCAGACGCUCUCCGGGCACGCCUCCACCGUCUGGGCGCUCGCGUUCUCCCCCGACGGUCGCUAUCUUGCGUCCGGGUCGGACGACUACACGAUCAGGAUAUGGGAGCGCGUGCAGGAGCACCAGUGGGAGUGCGUGGAUGUGCUCGAGGGCCAUGAACGCAGCGUGUACUCGAUCAGCUGGGGGAAGGGAAAGCCUCUUGACAGCGGCGAAGCUGGUAGCCUUGGGUGGCUGGCGAGUACAGGCGGAGACGGUAUCAUCCAUGUUUGGGAGAUCGGGGUCGCCCCAAACGCGAAGGAGCCGAGCAAGAAGGUCGUGAAGCAUAGGAUUAUUGCUAAGAUAGCUCAAGCGCACGACGUCCACGACAUCAACUGCGUCGUGUGGUGCCCUCGCGAAGGCUUUGAGGACCUCUUUGCGACGGCGGCCGACGACGGACUGGUUAAAGUGUGGAAGGUUGCGGCGUCGUAGCCGAACGCUUUGUAGCAUAUAGGCAGAGUAAGAAGUCACGAAGUCUGUAUCACUAUCAUCAGCACGCAUAC